AAAAAUUCAAGGGAAGAAUCCAGGUUGGUUAUUGGCGACUGGAAGUUUCGGUUACCUCGAUGAGCUCGACAUUAACGAUGGCAAUGCAAAGUAGUAGCCUUGGAAUUUCUCACCGACUGGUUGCUUCAAGUCACCGGCUUUCUCAAGUUCCGGUCACCCCCCGCAUUUCUCCCGCUUCGAGUUGUUUCCAUAGUUCACUCAAAUGCAGGAACUCUCUUUCAAGCUCCUCACUUGUUACUAACGAAAGCAAGUUUGUGGAGGCUGCGAAAAAUGGAAACUUAGUGCCCCUUUACCGUUGCAUUUUCUCUGAUCAGCUGACUCCGGUGCUUGCAUACCGGUGUUUGGUUAAAGAAGAUGAUAGAGAGGCUCCGAGUUUUCUUUUUGAGUCAGUGCAGCCUGGUUAUCUGGUUUCUAGUGUUGGUCGUUAUAGUGUGGUUGGGGCUCAACCGACAAUGGAAAUUGUGGCGAAAGAAAACAAGGUUAUGGUUAUGGAUCAUGAGGAUGGUUGUUUGACUGAAGAGGUCGUUGAAGAUCCGAUGUUGAUUCCUAGGAGAAUCUCUGAGACUUGGAAACCCCAACUUAUUGAUGAUCUUCCUGAUGCAUUUUGCGGUGGAUGGGUUGGUUAUUUCUCCUAUGAUACAGUUCGCUAUGUGGAGAAGAGAAAGCUUCCAUUCUCAAAGGCCCCACCUGAUGAUAGAAAUCUCCCAGAUAUACAUCUAGGGCUCUACAAUGACGUGAUUGUAUUUGAUCAUGUGGAUAAGAAAGCAUAUGUAAUUCACUGGGUGAGGCUAGAUCGACACUCCUCUGUUGAAAAAGCUUAUAAUGAAGGAGUUGAACAUCUCGAGAAGUUGGUGGCUAGAGUGCAGAAUGUUGACCUGCCAAAGCUAUCUCCAGGCUUUGUAGAUUUACAAACUCAUCAUUUUGGCCCUUCUUUAAAGAAGUCAAAUAUGGCAAGCGAAGAGUUUAAGAAGGCUGUGCUACAGGCAAAAGAGCAUAUUCUAGCAGGGGAUAUUUUCCAGAUUGUAUUAAGUCAACGUUUUGAGCGGCGAACAUUUGCUGACCCCUUUGAAAUAUAUAGAGCUUUGAGAGUUGUGAAUCCAAGUCCAUAUAUGGCUUACUUGCAAGCUAGAGGAGGUAUUCUAGUUGCUUCAAGUCCAGAAAUUCUUACCAGGGUAAAGAAGAAUGAGGUUGUGAAUAGGCCAUUGGCAGGAACUACAAGGAGAGGAAAAACACCAGCUGAAGAUGAGAUAGCAGAGAAGCAAUUGCUAAGUAAUGAAAAGGAGUGUGCAGAACACAUCAUGCUUGUUGAUUUGGGACGCAAUGAUGUUGGAAAGGUCUGUAAAUAUGGUUCUGUAAAGGUGCAGAAGCUGAUGAAUAUUGAACGAUAUUCACAUGUAAUGCACAUAAGCUCCACGGUUACUGGUGAGUUGCAAGAUCAUCUCACUAGUUGGGAUGCCCUCCGAGCUGCACUUCCUGUUGGAACUGUUAGUGGAGCACCAAAGGUGAAGGCCAUGGAGCUAAUUGAUGAGUUAGAGGUGACAAGACGAGGCCCUUAUAGUGGAGGAUUCGGGGGCAUAUCCUUCACUGGCGAUAUGGAUAUUGCCCUGGCUCUCAGGACCAUGGUAUUCACUACAGGAACCCACUAUGACACAAUGUACUCGUACAGAGAUGCUGGCAGACGCCAAGAAUGGGUAGCUUAUCUUCAAGCUGGCGCUGGUAUAGUCGCAGAUAGUGAUCCUGACGCUGAGCACCAUGAAUGCCAAAACAAAGCUGCUGGCCUUGCUCGUUCCAUCGACUUGGCUGAGUCUGCAUUCGUUAAUAAGUAAUGCAAACUUUUAUUAACCAUCGGAGUUGUUCGCCAACCUUGAUCAGCUCAAGUUUUCUUAAUGUUAUUUAGAAAUUUGUCUGAAAUACAGUGCCUUACCUGAGAAGAGAGGGUAAAAGAGGAACAGCAAAAUGUAAAAUAUUAGUAACUUUUUAUAACAGUUAUAUGACAAAAGUUAAA